AUGACCAAAGACAGUGCAAACAUUGAUAAAGACCAAACUCCUAGGACAAAAUGCCGUAAGAAGGAAUUUGUCCCACCGGACGGGGGUUGGGGCUGGAUUGUAUGUUUCACGUCGCUCAUGGCAAAUGGAACAGCUUUAAGCAUUCUGAAUAUUUUUGGAAUACUUUAUGUGUACCUUCUCGAGGAAUAUACAAGUGAUGAUCCUUUUAUUUUUUUUAAAACGUCUUGGAUUGGUUCUACUUGUACAAUUGUAACCUCUUUGAUAACCGUUUUUGCAAGAUCAUGGAGUGAACAAUAUGGUAUCAGGCUAACAGCAUUUUUUGGAGCAGCAUUAGGCGUGAUUGGACUGUUUUCCAGUGCUUUCAUGCAACAAUUGGAACUUCUGUAUCUAACGUUUGGCCUCAUACUUGGAGUCGGUGGGGGAUUAAUUUCUUUUACCUCCAUCGUCAUUCUUGAACACUACUUUAAAGAGCAUAUGGGCAUUGCGAUUGGGAUCGUAUCAAUGGGAAGUUCAAUUUGCACAGUUUGCUUAUCAAUUGUUCUUCCGUUUAUCUUAGAAUCUCUGGGCAUCAAAUACACAUUUAUAAUCCUUGGUGGAUUAUAUUGCAUGCUUCUAUUGUGUAGUUUGACAUGGAAACCAUUGUUUCACAGAAAAUCUGAAAACCCAGCAUUACUUUUGUAUAAAGAAACGCACUUUGUCAACAGAUGCAGUUGUUCGACCAAACAUAGACUGAAUUGGAAAAUUUUCAAAAAUCGCACCUAUCUUGUUUGGUUUCUCGGAUUUAUUUUUGCCUUGUUCGGUUACUCUGUACCAAUUGUACAUUUAGUCAAACAUACUCAAGACGCCUUUCCGGGUAGUUAUGCAUUUAUUUUGAUCACCUGCCUACAGAUUACAUCCGGUUUGGGAAGUGUCAUCUUCAAAAAGAUAGCAGACUUUAAAUGUGUCAACAACAUCUACAUGCAGCAAUGCGCUUUUGUAUUGAACGGUGUACUUACUGUAUCUAUUCCUUUUUCAGAGAGCUUUGAAGGACUGAUAAUUAUUUGUCUCCUUCUGGGGGUUUGUGAUGGCAUCAUUAUGUGUUCGGUAGAUCAUACUGUGUUUGACAUUGUGGGUCCCUCUGAUGCAUCACAAGCCACUAGCUUCUUACUGUGUGGAGUUUCCAUUCCAUUUGCUGUUGGGCCUCCAAUGGCGGGUUUGCUAUACGGUCAUCUUCACACGUAUAAAAUAGCGUAUGUGGUAGCCGGUGUUCCACCUAUUAUAGGUGCAAUUAUUAUGUGCAUCAUUCCAAGAGUCCAAGGGAGCAGCCCUGCUAGUACAGAAACAUACGCGUUUGGUUCUACUACAAUUUUAGACAUUGAUCUUGCCAGUCCAAGUAAAUUAGGUUCACGCAAAGGGUACAGUCCUGAUGAUUAA